GAUGCCGCCGAUGAUGAUGAUGAUGAUGAUGAUGAAGACGAUGAUGGAGCCGCGCGUCCGAGUCCGUCCUGCUCAGUGAGGCGCGCCGCGGCUCCGACGAUGUCCGCACAGCAGCAGCGUCCCCACGCAGGACUUUUGGCGCCAUCACCUUCAUCAUCAUCAUCAUCCUCAUCGUCGUCGACAUCGUCGUGGUCACGUGGAGGAAUUUGAUGCUCUCACCUACCUCAAGUUGCUGCCUUAUAAGAAGGGUGGAGGAGGGGGGGCGUGGGUCAGAACAGGUGUGCGGACGGAAUUUCCACGGGAGACUACCGGACACGUUUUUGUUGUUGUUGUUCCUUUUUUUUUUUUUUUUUUCUUUUGUCCCCGGUGUGGAUGCGACUUCUCCCGGUCACGCCAGCUCCUACAUGCCGGCAGAGGGACCAUCGGGACGGGCGGGAUGAGGAGGAAGUGGUGAAGACCCUCGCCACGCCGGCACGCACAACUUAGCCUAAACGGCGUCUCCCCGCCUUUGCCUCCUCCCACCUCCUCCCAAGACGCGGUCCAGAAUGCGAGCGUUGGCCCCCGUGCUGGCCCCCGUGCUGGCCCCCUUGCUGGCCCUCUGGCUCCUGGCGCUGCCCGCCGGCGCCCAGACCUUCGCCAGCUUCCGCCCGGAGCGGCGUGACUGGCUCCUCAACCACCUGACGGUGCACCAGGACACGGGGGCGGUCUACCUGGGCGCCGUCAACCGCGUCUACAAGCUGUCGGGCAACCUGACGCUGCUGGUGUCGCACGACACGGGCCCCGAGGACGACAACAAGGCGUGCUACCCGCCGCUCAUCGUGCAGCCCUGCUCCGAGCCGCUGGCGCCCACCGACAACGUCAACAAGCUGCUGCUGGUGGAUUACUCUCAGAAGCGUCUGCUGGCGUGCGGCAGCCUCUACCAGGGCGUGUGCAAGCUGCUGCGCCUGGACGACCUCUUCAUCCUGGUGGAGCCCUCGCACAAGAAGGAGCACUAUUUGUCCAGCGUCAACCAGACCGGCACCAUGUACGGCGUCAUCGUGCCCUCGCAGGGCCAGGACGCCACGCUCUUCAUCGGCACGGCGGUGGACGGCAAGCAGGAUUACUUCCCCACCGUCUCCAGCCGGAAGCUCCCGCGCGACCCCGAGUCCUCGGCCAUGCUGGACUACGAGCUGCACACCGACUUCGUGUCGUCGCUCAUCAAGAUCCCGUCCGACACGCUGGCGCUGGUGUCCCACUUCGACAUCUACUACGUGUACGGCUUCGCCAGCGGCGGCUUCGUCUACUUCCUGACCGUGCAGCCCGAGACGCCGGAGAACGGCAUGUCGUCCGGCGGCUCGGCCGGCGACCUCUUCUACACCUCGCGCAUCGUCCGCCUGUGCCGGGACGACCGCAAGUUCCACUCCUACGUCUCGCUGCCCAUCGGCUGCGUGAAGAACGGCGUGGAGUACCGCCUGCUGCAGGCCGCCUACCUGGGCAAGCCGGGCCGCGUGCUGGCCGCCUCGCUUCACGUGGGCGCGCAAGACGACGUGCUCUUCGCCGUCUUCUCCAAGGGGCAGAAGCAGUUCCACCGGCCGCCCGACGACUCGGCGCUUUGCGCCUUCACCAUCCGCGACAUCAACGCGCGCAUCAAGGAGCGCCUUCAGUCGUGCUACCAGGGCGAGGGACACCUGGAGCUCAACUGGCUGCUGGGGAAGGACGUGCAGUGCACCAAGGCGCCGGUGCCCAUCGACGACUCCUUCUGCGGUCUGGACAUCAACCAACCCCUGGGCGGCUCCCAGCUGGUGAGCGGACACACCCUCUACACCGAGACCCGGGACCGCAUGACCGCCGUCAUCUCCUACGUCUACAACGGCUACUGUGUGGCCUUCGUGGGCACCAAGAGUGGACGUCUGAAGAAGAUCCGCGUGGACGGCCCCCCUCACGGCGGCGUGCAGUACGAGACGGUGACGGUGAUGAAGGACGGCGGCCCCAUCCUCCGAGACAUGGCCUUCUCGCUGGACCGCGCUCACCUCUACGUCAUGUCGGAGCGACAGGUGACCCAGGUGCCCAUCGAGUCAUGUGAGCAGUACGGGACCUGCGGCGAGUGCCUGAGCUCCGGGGACCCUCACUGUGGCUGGUGUGUGCUGCACAACGUGUGCUCCCGGAGGAACCGCUGCGACCGCGCCAGCGAGCCCUACCGCUUCGCCGCCUCUCUGGACCAGUGCGUGAAGGCCACCGUGCACCCGGACAGCAUCGCAGUGUCCGAGCCCAGCGUGACACUGCUGGUGAAGGUCAGCGACGUUCCCGACCUUUCGGCGGGAAUAACCUGCUCCUUCGGCAACCUGACGGAGGUGGAGGGUCAGGUGCACGGCAACCAGAUCCUGUGUGUGUCGCCCGCCGCCAAGGACGUGCCUCUCAUCCCGACUGACCAAGAUUGGUCGGGCGUGGAACUGAGGCUCAACUCAAAGGAGACCCGUCAGAUGCUCAUCAGCACCGAGGUCAAGUUCUACAACUGCAGCGUCCACCAACUGUGUUUGUCGUGUGUGAACAGCGCCUUCCGCUGCCACUGGUGCAAGUACCGCAACUUGUGCACCCACGACCCCUCCAGCUGCUCCUUCCAGGAGGGAAGAGUCAACGCCUCGGAGGACUGUCCCCAGCUGGUGCGCUCCGAGGAGAUCCUGAUCCCGGCGGGGGAGGUGAAGCCCAUCACGCUGAAGGCCAAGAACCUGCCACAGCCGCAGUCGGGCCAGCGGGGCUACGAGUGUGUGCUCCACAUCCAGGGGGUCAGCCACCGGGUCACCGCCCUGAGGUUCAACAGCUCCAGCGUGCAGUGCCAGAACAGCUCGUAUUUGUACGAGGGCAUGAAGAUCAGCGAGCUGCCCGUGGAUUUCUCCGUGGUUUGGAACGGCAACUUCAUUAUUGACAACCCGGAGAACAUUCAGGUGCACCUGUACAAGUGCGCGGCUCAGCGGGACAGCUGCGGCGUGUGCCUGAAGGCCGACAGGAAGUUCCAGUGCGGCUGGUGCAGCGGCGAGGGGAAGUGCACCCUGCGGCGCCACUGCCCCCCCACCAACCCCUACACCACGCGCUGGCUCCAUCUGUCCAGCAAGAACGUCAAGUGCACCAACCCGCGCAUCACCGAGGUGACUCCAGUGGCUGGACCCCCAGACGGCGGUACCAGAGUGACCAUCCACGGCACCAACCUUGGUCUUUCCUUCUCGGACGUGGUGGGCAACGUGGAGGUGGCGGGGGUGAGGUGUGCGCCCGUGCAGGAUGGCUACAUCAUCGCUGAACAGAUUGUUUGUGAGAUGGACGCGGCCCCCGCCGAUAGUCGACCCGGUCCGGUCCAGCUUUGCGUCGGGGAGUGCAGACCGGAGCUGAGAGCUCGAUCCAAUCAACUCUACUCCUUCGUGACACCCACCAUCACGGGCGUGUCACCCAGCAGAGGCCCAGAGUCCGGGGGCACCAAGGUGACCAUCAUGGGGGAGAACCUCGGCGCCGGCAGCAACGUUAGCGUUCAGUUUGGAAACCAGACGUGCGAGUUCUUCAGUCGAACCAUGACAGAAAUCGUGUGCUGCUCGGCGCCGUCCCUGUCCGGGAUCGGCCCGGUCCGUACCAGCGUGAGCGUGGACCUGGCCCUAAUCCGAGAGAGCCUCACCUUCGAGUACAUCGACGACCCCACCGUGGUGCGCAUCGACCCCGACUGGAGCAUCGCCAGUGGCCACACCCCCCUGAUGGUGACCGGCACCAACCUGGACGUGGUCCAGGAGCCCAGGAUCCGAAUCAAGUACGCCGGCAAAGAGUCGGUCAACGUGUGCAAAGUGUUGAACACCACCAGCAUGAGUUGCUGGGCUCCCUCCCUGGUGGAGGACUACCACCCAGGCCUGGACACGGUGAAGCACGCCGACGAGUUUGGCUUCAUCUUCAACAACGUGCAGGCGCUGCUGGUCUACAACACCACCAACCUGCUCUACUACCCCAACCCUUACUUUGAGCCUCUCAGCGCCACCGGAGUCCUGGAGCAGAAACCAGGAUCGCCCAUCAUUCUCAAGGGCAGAAACCUGCUACCCCCGGCCUCAGGAGGGGCCAAGCUUAACUACACGGUGCUGAUUGGAGAGACCCCCUGCUCGGUGACCGUGUCCGAGAGCCAGCUGCUGUGCGAGCCGCCCAACCUCACCGGACAAUACAAAGUCAUGGUCCAGGUGGGCGGCCUCCACGUGUCCCCCGGCGCCGUGCACAUCGUGUCGGACAGUCUGCUCACCCUGCCCGCCAUCGUCAGCAUCGCCGCCGGCGGGGGGCUCCUCCUCAUCAUCGUCAUCCUGGUCCUCAUCGCCUACAAGCGCAAGUCGCGCGAGAACGACCUGACGCUGAAGCGCCUGCAGAUGCAGAUGGACAACCUGGAGUCCCGCGUGGCCCUGGAGUGCAAAGAAGCCUUCGCCGAGCUGCAGACCGACAUCAACGAGCUCACCAGCGACCUGGACCGAGCCGGCAUCCCGCACCUGGACUACAGGACGUACGCCAUGAGGGUGCUCUUCCCCGGCAUCGAGGACCACCCCGUCCUCAGGGAGCUGGAGGUGUCAGGGAAUGGUCAGCAGAACGUGGAAAAGGCCCUCAAGCUCUUCGGCCAGCUCAUCAACAACAAAGUCUUCCUGCUCACCUUCAUCCGAACCCUGGAGAUGCAGCGCUCCUUCUCCAUGCGGGACCGCGGCAACGUGGCCUCGCUCAUCAUGACCGCCUUGCAGGGGCGCCUGGAGUACGCCACCGACGUCCUCAAGCACCUGCUCUCCGACCUCAUCGACCGCAACCUGGAGAGCAAGAACCAUCCCAAGCUGCUGCUGCGCAGAACCGAGUCGGUGGCAGAGAAGAUGCUCACCAACUGGUUCGCCUUCCUUCUGCACAGGUUCCUGAAGGAGUGCGCCGGCGAGCCUCUUUUUAUGCUCUACUGCGCCAUCAAGCAGCAGAUGGAGAAAGGACCCAUCGACGCCAUCACUGGAGAGGCACGCUACUCCCUGAGUGAGGACAAGCUCAUACGGCAGCAGAUCGAGUACAAAACCCUGAUCCUGAACUGCGUGAACCCGGACAACGAGAACAGCCCGGAGAUUCCGGUCAAGGUGCUCAACUGCGACACCAUCACGCAGGUGAAGGAGAAGAUCCUGGACGCCGUCUACAAGAACAUGCCCUACUCUCAGCGCCCCCGCGCCGUGGACAUGGACCUCGAGUGGCGUCAAGGGCGUUUGGCUCGCGUGGUGCUGCAGGACGAAGACAUCACCACCAAGAUCGAGAACGACUGGAAGAGGCUCAACACGCUUCUGCACUACCAGGUGUCCGAUCGCUGCGUGGUGGCGCUGGUGCCCAAGCAGACGUCGUCCUACAACAUCCCCACCUCAGCAAGCAUAUCACGCUCCUCCAUCAGCAGAUACGACUCUUCGUUCCGCUACACCGGCAGUCCAGACAGCCUGCGGUCCCGCGCCCCCAUGAUCACGCCCGACCUCGAGAGCGGCGUGAAGGUGUGGCACUUGGUGAAGAACCACGAGCACGGAGACCAGAAGGAAGGAGACCGCGGCAGCAAGAUGGUCUCUGAGAUCUACCUGACCAGGCUUCUGGCCACCAAGGUUGUGAAUGGUACGUACUUCCCGUCUGCUCAGGGAACACUCCAAAAGUUCGUGGACGACCUUUUCGAGACGUUGUUCAGCACGGUGCACCGAGGCAGCGCCUUGCCGCUGGCCAUCAAGUACAUGUUCGACUUCCUGGACGAGCAGGCCGACAAGCACGACAUCCACGACAUGGACGUGCGUCACACGUGGAAGAGCAACUGCCUGCCGCUGCGUUUCUGGGUGAACGUGAUCAAGAACCCUCAGUUUGUGUUCGACAUCCACAAGAGCAGCAUCACGGACGCCUGCCUGUCCGUGGUGGCCCAGACCUUCAUGGACUCCUGCUCCACCUCCGAGCACCGCCUGGGCAAAGACUCGCCGUCCAACAAGCUGCUCUACGCUAAAGACAUCCCCAACUACAAGAGCUGGGUGGAAAGGUACUACGCCGACAUCAACCGACUGCCGGCCAUCAGCGACCAGGACAUGAACGCCUACCUGGCGGAGCAGGCCCGGCUGCACUCCAGCGAGUUCAACAUGCUGAGCGCCCUCAACGAGAUCUACUCCUACAUCAGCAAGUACAGCGAGGAGAUCACGGCGGCCUUGGAGCAGGACGACCACGCCAGGAAGCAGCGUCUGGCCUACAAGGUGGAGCAGCUCAUCGGCGCCAUGUCCCUGGAGAGUUGAGGACCGCUUUGGAUCCUUUGCGGCUCUCGCGAGACGGGGACGAGUCCGAGUCCCGGACUUGGUCCGUCGUGGGCACAGGCGGUUGUGAGGACGCCUCAGCAUGGAAGGACCCACUUAUUUAUUGAUGUUGUUUUCCAGGACUUUGGUGUGCGUGUGUGUGGGACUCAACUCUGCUGCAUUCAGAUUUUAUUUUUAUACUCGGACCUUUUGGGAACUGAUCCACAACCACUGAGGAUUCUGGCACUCUCCUCGGAAUGAGUCCACCGGUUCUUGUAGCAGCGUCCAUGGAGUGAAUGUAGAAAAACGUUUUCCAAACGGAGCUCGCCAAGAGCUUCCCAGACCUCAAAAGCACCAAAAUCCUUGGUUUUCCUGCAUUCCUUCCUUCGCGUCUUCGUGUGCUUCGCUUGCCGUCCGCUCAUCAGCCGCGCGCUUUAAGUGCGUCUUAGUGGACUUUGACUUGAGUGCCAAAAUCGGUUUAUGCUUUACAAAGUAGAGCGUCGAGCACCAGACAUCGACGGUCGCCUCGUUGCGAGAGAGCUUUCCCCUUAGUCGCGAGAUAGAGUUUGUCCUUCUGAGCGUUCCAGUAGCGUUUUAGCGUAAGAUGUCGUCGAGCAGGUGGGAACACGUCCAAAACUGCAGUUCUUGUCCGGCCUUCUUCAGGACUUACGGAGCUUAAAGGACUCCAACUGAGAACUGGGAGGACCAAGCAAGUCCAAGUACCAAAAGAGAUAGGACAUCAUGGCUAACCCUGUUUUUACCCCCAACCUUAAACCAGCCAACCAUAACGCUUAACCCAAGCCUUAAACCGAGCUCUAACCCCGAGCCCCAACUCCAGCUCAAUUCCUAAUUUAAGCCCUAACCUAAGUCCUAACCCGAUAUUAGCCGCAUCCCAUCUUUUCAGUCCCUCGACCUACAGAUGGACAACUACCCGGGGGUUAACUUCCGCCAGGCACAGGCCAGCCUCCAAAAAACCAGGGUCGAUGUGGAGAGUGCGGUCUUGUCCUUCGGCCUGAACAACCGUGAGUGGCGACCACAGUCAAGCAGCUCCUUAAAGGCUGUCAGGACAUCCAAGACCACCUUGGCCCAGGUGUCCCUCUGAUGGAUUUUUCAGAUUCCUUCCCUGUGGAACAGAAAAACCAUCUCAGGCAGCUGAAUCAAAUCCUUAGGGACCACUACAUCCCGGUCCUCCACAGCCAGGAUUUUGAGGGACAGCAUCCAUUGGACGGAUGACACGGCCAGGAAAAUGCUAAACCACUGGCUUCGGCAUUUAAACCUGCCGUCCCCAAAAUGUGGGCCUCACAAUUGUCCCUCUUCAACAAAGGCCUCAAUUUGGUUCCUUCUACCAACCUCAGUCAGGUGAACUAUGACCUCCAGCAAUAUCACAGGAGCGUCAAGGUCUUUUCACCCCCCCAUGUCCGACUGGGAGCCCUCCCCUGGACUGUUCAGUGUUUCCCCCAGAAAAUUUGUUAGUUAAGGUGGUGACUCUCCAGG